AUGUUAGCAGGAAGGGCGACCGCAUUGGUCGGUGCAGGCACGCAAGGUCGACGGCUCGCUUACAUGGCAAAACAACUUUCCGACAGUGUCAAGUACAUUGACCAACUUCGGGCUGCCUCUCAGAAUCCAAGCCAACGAUGGGGCGAGAUUAAAACGUUUACCUCGGACUCGUUACCGGAGGGGUUGAAGGAUACGUGGUUGGUCGUAGAGUGCGUACCGGAGAGGCUGGAGCUCAAGCGACAAAUGAUCACGAAACUCGACGAGCUGGCAGCCCCCGAGACUAUCAUCGCAUCCAACUCGAGCAGUUAUAGCAUUUCCGAAAUCAUUGGUGGCCUGAAAUUGCCCCAUGAGCGACGCAUUCUCAGUGCUCAUUGUUACUGGCCUCCGGAGACUUCUGCUAUCGAACUCAUGGGUCAUGCAAAUACUGAUCCUGCAAUCAUUCCACUCCUCAUGGAGCAAUGUCGGGAUCAUGGCUUCAGUCCAUUCCAUGUGAAGAAAGAUUCCAUGGGCUACAUAUACAACAGGAUUUGGGCCGCAAUCAAACGAGAAGCAUUGCUCACGGCGGCAGAGGGUGUGGCUACUCCGGCGGAGAUUGAUGCCAUUUUCAAAGACGUUCUGAAGACGCCGAAAGGCCCCUUUGAGCAGAUGGACGUGGUUGGGCUCGACGUUGUGCUCAACAUCGAGGAGCAUUAUGCAGAAAAGCGAAAGGAUGUUCCUCCUGAGCCUCGCCAAUAUCUCCAGCAAUUCGUCAAAGACGGCCUUCUCGGUGUCAAAAGCGGGAAGGGGUUUUAUGAGUAUCAAAGCUCGACGACCUAUGAGUGGGGCUGGGCUUCGGCUCAACUAUCACAGCCUCUGCUAAUCCAACCUCAUCUGACCCCAGAACCGGUCAGUGCUGUUGAACGCCAAUGGCUUCAUACCAUAUACGAGGGGGCGUUUGAAACCAUCUUUGGAUCUUGGAUGGGCCGCCACAGCAACCCUUUUGCCGAACUCGACAGACACAUCGACGAAGAGGACGCUGUGGCCAACACAACAUCGGAACCUGGAGCUUCACCAGAUCUUGCCAGGCACGAGAAAGAUACACAACUCAACCAGUUCCUUGACCAUGCCGUCCAGUCUUUCGCCGCUCGCUGGCUACCUCUGACGCAGCAACAUAGUUUGCCAGGGCUAUCCCAGGCAGACAUCGUUUGUCGUCUCUGGCGCCGUGCGCACACAGACAUGCUCAAAGUCAUCAACAGACCUUCUUAUCGAUCUAUGUUGACUCUGCUAUUGUUUGCCCUGACACCCAUCCCGGUGGGCAUAUCUGAAGAAGAAGAACUUGAAGGAGUAUCGGGACAAGUCUGCGUUCACGCAGCACUGCAGCAGAUUCAGACACUUCGUGCACGUCAAAAGAGCCUGCAAUUCAACGGAACAAGAGUCAACCUCACCAACUCGAACCGACCCAUUGGAGCCAGUCCUGCCUCACUUGCCACCGCUAAUUUUAUUAUCGCCGAGAGUACUGCGUAUUGGGCAGCUCUGACAUUCGACACCUCUGCCUCUUUAACCUUGAAUUGCCGGCCAUUGCUAUCGUCUGGGCUUUUUGGAUUUGAGUCUGAGCCAUCCUGGCGUAUGGUGCAGACCUGUAUUGGUAUCUUCCGCGAAACGACGAGAGAUUGGAGCAAUCUUGAUGUCGACCUAACAGACGAGAAAGCAAAUCAAGUCAUAGCGGCUGGAGCAGCAUGGAAGUUGCUGGUCUGGAAACUGACUGCCAAUCUGAAAGAAUCUCUGCGAGAUGGUCACGAUGAGGCAGAGGUACUCAGGGCCUUCAGCUCCGUGUCCAACGCCAUCGAUCAAUUCAACAUCACGUACCGAGAGUUGCUCAUCGCGUGUCAGCGGCGGAUACAGUUCUUCAACCAAGAAACGAGACUUCGCUGGUAUGAACUCAUGCUGCACUAUAAUUUGGCGAUUUUGAUGGUCACUGAUAUUGCGACUGCAACACUACGGGAGGACUUGCUCUCCCUUUUCUCAGCAAAGAGAGUCGAUGCAGAGACCUGGGUCAUGAAUUGCCUCGUCUUUGGGUUAAAUAACAAAUAUACCUUACGACUACAGUCUGAGCCAGCCGUAUCCGACACCGGAAUCGCCCCUAUUCAGUUGGCAAGCUUGACUGUCCCCUUAAUUGCGAUCGAUCCAUAUCCCCACCAUGUCGUUGCAGCGGUGAAGCUCAUGCAACACGCCAUUGAGAGAGACUUUGGAGCCGAAAAGAUUAGCGCAGAUGCUUACAAUAAUCUGCGUUGUACCCUGAAGCAAACCUUGGAGCAACUGCCGCAAGUCUCCAAAUCGGUUCAGACAACAAGAGCGGAGUUUGAGACAGCUGAAUUUCCACCCCAGCCACUGUCGCCUUACACUACUAAAUCGGUUGUGUGA